CUUCGAUCUUCUGGCCGCCAUGGAAAAUCCUCCUUCCAGUUUCGUGAUAAGCUUUUCCAUUGUCGCCGUCCUCACCCUCGCCUCCUUCGCAUCAUGUAUGGCUGCUGAAUUCAACAGAACAAAAAAAAAGGACCUGAAGUUGAACGGCAGAUUCUGCUUCCUGCCUGAAAGUGAAGCAUUCAAAUUGGGAGUCGCAGGUAUAGUCUGUUUAAUAAUGGCUCAUAUCAUCGGAAACACCAUAAUCUGCCACACCUAUUGGCCAAAAGAGCACAGAAAGAGUUGCAGUGUCAAAAGGCCUCUGCUUACCACCCUUCUCAUUUCUUGGGUUAGCUUCGGAAUUGCGGUGGCGAUGAUUAUGGGAGCAACCAGCAUGAGCAGGAGACAAGAGUAUGGGAAGGGGUGGGUAGAAGGAGAAUGCUAUUUGGUCAAAGACGGGGUAUUUGUUGGCGCGGCCCUCUUGGUUCUCAUUAAUGGAGGGUCCACCAUAGGCUCGGCUGCCAUUGGAAGGAGGCGGCGCGCUAAAGGGCCCAAUCAAGUACAUGCACAAAUUAGAUAACAAGACUGGUUAUACAUCAUCAAAAUAUUUCCCUUCUUUUUUCUUUCUGCAUUUAUUAUGAUGAAUAAUGAAAAUGCCUCAUAUUCCCACUUAUAGUUCUAAAUUUA